AUGGAGACGAAAAAAAAAUCCAAUUAUUCCGUUGAGCAUCGCCGUGCGCAAAAUCGCUUGGCUCAGCGCAGGUUCCGUCAACGGCAGAGCCAACAGAAAGCCAAGGCAGAUCAACCACUCCAGCAGACUCUAGAAACACCCAUACCAGCGACCGAUAACCCAUCUGACAUUUUCAAAUUCUCGACUGGAACCUGGCCGACACACCCGAGCCCUAUCAAAUCCCCGGGCGGGUCCAUCGGGUUUGGCGUCAACUGCCUACACGGCGGCGCCAAUGGACUGAUCGGCAUCCAAAAUUUCAUAAAUAUGGACGAUUUGAAGGGCUCGCCCCUAUCAACUCUCCUUGCAGGCCCGUUACCGGGCAUAUUUGAUACCGAUUCUGCUGAGCAUACCCUCUCCAGCAGCGAUCGAGACUCCAACUCCAAGCAUUCAAGUCAUCUAGCAAGCAGAGGCGAAAGCAGCACUCAUAGAACUACACCCGACUCUUUCGACACAAGCUCUCUACCGAAAGUGCUAACAGACAAAUCAACGCCCGCCAGUGCAGGUAGCGCCAGCACACUCUUCCCCAGAACAACACAAUGCGACGAUGCAGACUCAGGCUGCCUUUCAGCGCUUCAUAUAGCUGCGCAGAAGGGACACCACGGGAUCAUGCGCGUGCUACUCCAGCAGGAUAUUGACUGUGACGAGGUCGAUAGCGAUGGGCUCACAUCCUUAAUCCACGCGAUAAUCGGCGGCCACGAAGAUGUUGUCACAUUGCUGCUUAUGCAUGGGGCGCGUAUAGACAAAGUCGACCGCCAAGGCCGCUCGGUGCUACAUUUCGCAGUUACUUAUCGCCGCGAGGUGAUAUUGACGAUUUUGUUAGAUUACUGCGUGGGCGACCAGGAAUUCAUUGAUGCUUAUGAUAGUGGCGGACGCACGCCACUGCAUAUUGCGGUCGAUACCGGGUUCGAGGAGGGCGUGCAAGUCCUCUUGCAACGUGGAGCUAGUGUACAUUGUAAAACUAGGAAGACGGUGGCUCCAUGA